GUCUUCACGGGCUAUUCUCUUCUCAGCACAGCGCUGGCGCUGCCAGAGGAUGGAAAGAUCAUAGCAAUGGACAUUGACAGGAGCAACUAUGAUUUGGGAUUCCCAUUCUUGCAAGAAGCAGGAGUGGACCACAAGAUUGAUUUCCGUGAGGGCCCAGCUCUGGCAACUCUGGACGAGCUCGUUCAAAAUGACAAGAACCAUGGCUUCUUCGAUUUCAUUUUUAUUGAUGCCGACAAGAACAACUAUCUCAACUAUCACGAGAGAGUAAUGCAGCUCGUCAAGAUCGGUGGAAUCAUCGGCUAUGACAACACGCUGUGGAACGGAGCAGUGGUGGCGUCCGACGAUGAGCCAAUGCGCAAGUACGUCCGGUUAUACAAAGAUUUCGUCAAGGAGCUCAACAAAGUUCUCGCGGCGGACCCUCGCAUCGAGAUAAGUCACAUUUCCAUUAGCGACGGGAUCACGCUGUGCAGACGCAUCGUAUGAUAAAAACCAAAUCGCCACCUACAGUUCUUAUUGUUCUUCCACAGAUAGCUCUUCAGUAGCUCGUUAGGAGAAUCUUUCCACCUCUCGCUGGUGUCUGCAAGAAGAAGGAAUUAUUUUGUUCAUAAGCU